CUAUUGCUGACUGACACAAGUAGAUGGUCACAAAGGCAUCUGCUUUGCUGUGGUUUCCAGGGGGUCCUUUGUGACUUAAGAGAAUAGGGGGAGAUUCCAAGGACCAUGGGGUACAUUAGCUGCUCCUGUACACCUCUCCUGUCCCCUGUCCCCCUAAUGCCUUUAAGCAGUGACUGCCACAUCUUUCACAGUCAUGGCAAAGGAGAUCAUGGUCACCUCUUCCAUCUUUUUCCUUGCACUCUUUGGCAUGCCGAGGAACGCUCAUUGCUGCCUCCAAUGCGAGAAGGAAUUUACCAACAAAUUCAACUACUACAGGAAGCACCUGUGGUGGCGGUCGGCCUGGGCUGGGGAUCUGAUCUAUUGCCAGAAAUUCAUUGACGCUUGGGUGAAAGAGAUCAAGGAAACCAAGGUCGCCUUGCCGAAACAGGACCUCAGUUCAAUUGCUCGGGAUGUUUACAAUCUGAUGGAUCAGCAGUACAAGUUGUCACACAUGGGCAUUGGCUACUUUCCUAAAGCUCUACAGCGAAUCAAAAGAUAUCAAGUAGAAAGAAUCACUGAAGCUGUUAAAAAAUCUGCACAGAUCUGUUCUGAACACUGCGGAACAUACAGAGUUGAUUACAUAGACUGCACAAACUGUGACACCAGACCUGUGGAAUGUGGCCACAAAUGUCCAGAAGGAAAGAUGAGAGGAAUUAUACCUGUUGAGCUGAAUGACACCACUACGGAGAAACCUUCCACCCAAAGUGAAAGCAUUACACCAAUGGUCCUCCUGUCAAUUAUUAGCGCCAUCGUUCUGCUCCUGGGCAUCAUGGUGGGCCUAUACUAUUGUGCAAAACGCAGAAAGAAGAAGCAGGGCAAGGGGCAGGUGCCAGAAUCGAGCUCAGAUGAAAGAAACGUAAAUCAGAAGAAGUCUAAGCAGAAACAGCUAAAGAAGUGGAAGAAGCGAAAACAGAGAAAAAAGGAGAUUGAUUACUCAACAGAAUGAAGUAACCCAAAUGCCACACGAAGCACCCAAAGCAAAGCAUUUCUAAUCGAAUAAAGCCAAUAUAUAAUAGAUUUACCAGCACUGUAGAGAGUUUCAAACACUUUAGUAAAUAAACAAAAAUAUCUUAACCUUGAAGCACAGUGAUGCAAUUAUAUCAAUACGCACAUUACAAUUUUAAUAACUUCUUU